AUGACCGUCGUCUCAGUCCCGCAGCGGGAGCCGCUUGUCCUAGGCGGCCGCCUUGCACCGCUGGGCUUUUCCGCUCGCGGCUACUUCGGGGCCCUGCCGAUGGUGACCACGGCCCCGCCGCCGUUAGCCCGGAUCCCGGACCCCCGGGCACUGCCCCCGACCCUCUUUCUCCCUCACUUUCUCGGGGGGGAUGGCCCCUGUCUCAGUUCUCAUCCUCGCGCUCCAGCUCCUCUGACCAACUGCAGCCUCGCCACGGCGGGGGUCGCCCCUCGGGCAGCUCCGAAGAAGCGGCGAAAGAAGAAGGUGCGGGCUAGCCCGGCGGGGCAGCUCCCCAGCCGCUUCCACCAGUACCAGCAGCACCGGCCGAGUCUGGAGAGCGGGCGGAGCCCCGCGGUCGGCCCGAGCAGAGCGCACGAGAUCCCGGCCCCGACCGCUGCGGCCGGAACCCCAAUUGAGGAGAGGAGCUCCGUACUUGGCCCGCUGCCGCCCACGGGGCCCGACCAGCCCUCGCUCAGGAAAGAGGUUUUUAAAUCAAGGAUGGGAAAAUCGGAGAAAAUUGCCAUUCCUCAUGGCCAGCUUGUUCAUGGUAUGCACUUGUACGAACAACCAAAGAUAAACAGACAGAAAAGUAAAUAUAACUCACCACUAACCAAGAUCACCUCUGCAAAAAGAAGUGAAAAUAACUUUUGGCAGAAUUCUGUUUCAUCUGAUUUAACUCAGAAGCAGGAAAAAAAGCCUUUUAAAAAUACCGAGAACAUUAAAAAUAUGCAGUUGAAGAAAUCAGCAUUUCUAAGUGAAGUAAGCCAAAAGGAAAAUUAUGCUGGAAUUUAA